ACACUGAAAUUUGAAGAAAUAGGAUUAAAAACACACGCACGAGCCAACCUUCUAGGUGCAGGGAAUCUUCACAAAUCGUAGGUUUUGCCCAGCAGUUAUAGACAUAUAACCUAGAGAAGUAAUAGAGAUUGUUCGGACUCUCUCUCUCUCUCUCUCUCUCUCUCUCUCUAAGAAAAAUGCCCUAAUCUUUCUCUAGUUUUCAGUCCAAAAUGAUGUCUACUAUCCCAUAUAAGUCACCGGCACUUCAUCAUUUCUUCCUACUGCUAGAGCUUGCAAGCCUACUUUAAUGGCUUCCACACCACCCAAACCAUCAAAACAGCUUGGAGAAUUUUUACUGGAGCAACAAGAACCUUUCAUCCUAGACGAGUAUCUUUUAGAAAGAGGGUGCCUGAAGAACAGCUCAAAUUCAAGAAGCAACCUUGGCAGCUGCUGCGGCAAUUCAACGAAGUUACUAAAGAGGUCGGCCAGUUGUGGCUUAAACAAGAGCAGAAAUGAUGUUCCACGCUGCUCCAAAAUACUGGGAUGUGUAUAUAAGAAGUUUGUUUCAAUUAAAGAGGACAAGAGAAGGAAGAGUUCUGAAUAUAAAGAUGAAGAAUAUAGUGCCCCUGCAACGGAGAUGGUUGACAAAGAAGUUGCGGAAUCGGAUGGUUUUUCCUCAUCUAGCAGCACGACAGUGUUCAACUCCUGCUCAGAGAGCGAUAAGGAGGAAAUAUCAACUUCAUCAUGUAAAGAUCAGACCUUCUUUGAUGUCGAAACUUUCCAAGCUAUGGAACUCUGCAAUAUCGAAAAACUUCGGCGGAGAUGCAAUGAAGACAGUAAGCAACUCAGCCCUGUGUCAGUACUAGAAGAAAUAUCCUCCCCUGAAGAGCAACAAAAUGCCAGGAUAAGACAAGAAGAGAAUCCAACAGCCUGUCCCAAGAAAGGUCUACAAGACUGCACACUAUCAUCAGUAGCUCUUCCAAGGGAAUUGCUCUUUCACUUGGCAACAGAGAAGCCAAUUCAUACAGGAGUUGCAGAGUUGCAAAGGCUUGGAGAGUCUAUUGCAACAAACAAAGCAGCUUCUGUUUGAUUGUGUGAGGGAGGCGAUGGAGACCCAUGUGAGGAGGGAGAGAGGGAAGCAGCAUCACAAAGAAUUGUUGGGGCCUGAAGAGCUCGGGAGGCUCAUCUGUGAAAGAAUGAGGUUAUGGGGGAAACAGGCUGGAGAUGAAACAAACACAAAUUAUUUCUUGGAUUUGGACUCGGAUUCCGUGGACGAAUGGCGUACUUUGGAACAGCAGAAGAGGAAAAUUGCGUUGGAGAUUGGAGAUGCCAUUUUGGAAGAGAUCCAGACUGAAAUUGUCAUAGAAACGAAUGAUUUCCCGACAGCAACAGCAUUUUGACCUCAUUCCAAAUUUCACUGCUUACGCUUGAUUACCUGCUCAUCCUUCUAUGUUAUCUCUGAGUCAGUCAUUCUGAGCCAGGACAAACGAAAGACGCAUAUUCCUUGCAGUAGCCACCUUUUCCAGGAGCAGAAUUUAUAUUUCUUUUUAGUUGCAAAUUCAACUCAAGCACCCCAGUAUACAUAACAGGCUGCAAAUGUGUGCACAGAGAAACAUGCACUACGAACAUUAAGCACCAAGCAUGCUUGUUGUGGUUAAGCAUUCUAAA